GUUGACGUUCAACGCCCGCGACCGAUCUUUGCUGCGAAGUCUGGCAUCAAUUGAUUCAGCUGCCCCGUCACUGCGGCUCUACUCUCAUCAUAUAAACUCAGUUUUCUCUCACAAUGCUCUCUCGCACUGUUCGCCCAGCCUUGAAGGCUGGCAGUACCGUUGUGGCUCGCAGCACUGCUCCCACCAAUGCCGCCAACUUCGCUACUCUCCGUGAAAUCGAGGGCCGUCUCAAGUCCAUUCGUAACAUCGAGAAAAUCACCAACACCAUGAAGGUCAUUGCUUCCACCCGUUUGACCCGUGCCCAGAAGGCUAUGGAGGACUCUCGUGUCUACGGAACCACGUCCAACACCGUUUUCGAGUCUGCCGAGACGAAGCCGGAGGAGGGAGACAAGAAGACCCUUUACAUCGUCGCCAGCUCCGACAAAGGUCUCUGCGGUGGUAUCCACUCUGGUCUUAGCAAGGCUACUCGCCGCUUGUUGCUAGAGAACCCCAAUGCUGAUCUCGUCGUCCUCGGAGAGAAGGCCAAGGCCCAGCUCGGUCGUUCCAACGCUCAGAACAUCGUUCUCAGCUUCUCUCAGGUCUGCAAGGACAUUCCCACCUUCGCCGAUGCUCAGGCAAUUGCCGAUCAGAUUGCUCUGCUUCCUACAAACUACGGUAGCAUCAAGAUCAUCCACAACAAGUUCUUGAACGCACAGAGCUACGAGCCUACCACCGUGGAUGCUUAUUCCGAGGAAGCCAUCACCAACUCCCCCAACAUCUCCGCUUUCGAGGUUGAGGAGGAAGCUUUGGGCAACCUCCGCGAAUAUGCUUUGGCUAACAGCUUGUUCUGGGCCAUGGCUGAGGGUUUGGCUUGUGAGAUUUCUGCUCGUCGCAAUGCUAUGGAGAACGCUUCCAAGAACGCCGGUGAAAUGAUCCAGAAAUUCCAAAUUUUGUACAACCGACAGCGUCAAGCCGCCAUUACUGGCGAGUUGGUUGAAAUUAUUACUGGUGCUGCUGCCAGCGAAGACCAGUAGACACUUCCUACAUGAUCUUUGUCAAAGCUGAUGCCGGAUUCAAACUUGUUCAUAUAAAUACCUAGACCUGUUUUAGGCAUGUAAAAUCACUUUACUUCAGUAUUAUUAGUCAAGCAACAUUUCCUUUGUCUAAAAUUUCAUACAAGUUCUUCUUAAUAUAGUUUACUACUAGGCAUGCAAUCGAGUCCUGGAUGAACACCCAGACAGCGGACAAGGACUCGAGUAAUUGACAUUUAAGAU